CCCGCUUGUUCCAUUCAAUUCAAUCGCAAAAACAUCCAUCAACAUGGCCGCAAUCAAAGAAUAUGCCCUCCUCUGUUUGGAGAAUCCGUUACUCGGUAUGGUUUCCUGCCUAUUGUCUAUUUUUCUGCUUCAUUAUUCCAUACAAUUCGCUGUUUUCUGUUUCGAGUACAGUGUCUCAAAAUUUACCUUCUGGAUUCCCAGCUGCUUCAUACCACCAACUAACCUUCACUUAAGACAUCCAAGCACCAGGAGACGAUACGCUUCUCGAGAAAUAUGGCCUCAAGCCUAACGAUGCUAUCCUCGCCGAGGAGAAGCACAUCGGCAUCUACGAAGACCUCCUAAACAACUAUUCCGCCAAACUCAUUGCUGGUGGUGGAGCCCAAAAUACUGCUCGUGGUGCACAAUAUAUGCUCCCACCAAACUCCGUUGUCUUCCUCGGUGGAGUCGGAGACGACAAGUAUGCCGCCAUCCUCCAAGAUGCUGUCAAGCAAGCUGGACUCCGAGUCGAAUAUCGUGUAGACAAAAAGGAAAAGACCGGUCGAUGUGGAGUCGUCAUCACUGGUCACAACCGUUCCAUGGUCACUGACCUUGGUGCCGCCAACCACUACGACCUCGAGCACUUGAAGAGCCCAGAGGUGUGGAAGCUUGCAGAGGGGGCAAGCCAUUAUUUCGUCGGUGGUUACCACCUAACUGUCUGCCCACCUGCCAUCAUGGCUUUGGCCGAGGAGUCUGCGAAAAACGAUAAAGUUUUCGUAUUUUCCCUCUCUGCUCCUUUCAUUCCUCAAUUCUUCAAGGAUCCUUUGGAUGCUACUAGCCCUUACUGGGAUUACGUGAUUGGAAAUGAGACCGAGGCGCUUUCUUUCGCUGAGAGCCACGGUUGGGAGACGAAGGAUAUCAAGGAGAUUGCCAAGAAGCUUGCUGCUUUGCCAAAGGCCAAUUCAAAGAAGGAGAGAGUCGCUAUCAUUACCCAGGGUACUCUUCCAACUGUGGUAGCUGUCAAUGGUCAGGAAGUCAAGGAGUAUGCGGUUCAUGCCAUUGACAAGAGCAAAAUCAACGACACAACAGGUGCUGGAGAUGCAUUCGCUGCAGGAUUUGUCGCCGGUCUUGUGGCUGGGGCGAGUUUGUCACAAUCCAUCGACCAAGGUCAAUGGUUGGCUAAGCUCAGCAUUCAGGAAUUGGGUCCAUCGUAAGUCACGCAAUAUUUUAUUUCGCAUCUAAAAAACACCCAAUUACUUUCUUCAACCACCAGCCCUUUCGAUUUGGAAUAAAUCAGCGAGCACUCAUCUCCUACCAAGAGCAAAUCAACUAACUUUCAUUAGAUUCCCCUUCCCUAAGCAGGCUUACACGCCCUCCAGUCAGUAAAUUAUGAUCUGUUUUUCUUUACCCAUCAAGAUGUAUUAGACGGCGUUCGGUAAAGGUUUCAACAACGGGAGCGUCCA